AUGAAUGAUCCAUAUGGUGUUUUUAUCAAUUCACGAUCAUCUACAUCAUUGAAUCGUUACAAUGAACGAAAACGUGGUCGAAAUGAACGAAAACGUGAUGAAUUACUGAUGAAUUUAAGUUCAGAAAGUGAUGAUGAAUUUUAUGAUUAUCCUAAAGAUACGGCGAUGGAAAGUGUUUCUGAUCUUACCUCCGAUAGUGACUUUUGUCAACCAAUACCGGUUGUUCGAGGCGCUAACCGCAAUUGGAUAAAUAAGCCUACAAUGAGAACACGAAGAAGCCAAGUACCUUGUGGAAUUGGAGCUCGCGCACGAACACGUUAUGGGUCAUUGCCAAUGAUAACACCGAUUGAUCAUUCAUCGUCCUAUGAAACUGAAACAACAAAUGAGGAUGAUGAUUCUGAAUUUAGCGACCGAAGGCAUCGCUCUCCUCCUCCCUCAUUACUUCGAGGUUUAAGCAUGAUUGAGGAACUAUCACCAAUCAAUGAUGCAUCUGAUGAAAUCCCGAAAGUACCCUCAUUGCAACUGACUAGGAAUUGGCAUCCAUUAGCUACGUCAACAGCAACUUCUAUUGGUUUACCAAAAACAAAUCCUCAUCAUUUGAAAACUAUAUCAACAUCAACUCCUGCAACAUCAGUGUCACCAAGUAGACUUUGUCGGAAUUCUGUUCUCAGCACGUUUAAUAAUAUAAUGUAUGAUACAUUGGAGAGACCUGCAAGUUUUUUUGAAGAGCAAACUCCUCGAAAGGAUUGGAGUCGACCACAGUCAGAAGUUCUUUCUAGUGGCUGCUUGUCGAGUAUAAAUUGGAAAUCAGAUCAUUUUGGACUACCAACGCCGUUUGCUCGUAGAAUUGGUUGCAAAGGUAAACUGGAAUUGACGAUGUCAAUUUCUGGAUGUUAUUUAACUGUUAGUGUUGUACGAGCAGUAUAUUUUCUGGAUCCUGCAAUUUCGCAAGCCUCUUCAUAUGUUCGGAUUGAAAUAAGACCCAAUCCGGUAUACAAUAAACGGAUACGAUCAAGUUCGGAGGAUCGUUUUAGUCAUAAUGCUCAAGAAAAAAGCUUUCGUACUCGUCUUGUACUUCUCAGCAAUCGUCCUCAAUUUCAUGAGAAUUUUACAUUUCAGUUACGGCGAAAUCAUUAUCGUCAUCAUGAUUUAUUAAGCGUUAGUGUAUGGAUUACCAAUGCGGGAAAUUCAGUGCGGAAACAAAUGCUCGGUUGUAUGGCCUUUCCAAUACGACGACUGAUUCGAAAAGCUAAUUUAAUGGUAUGUUCUUGA